AUGGACGCUCAGACCACGCUCAAGAUCUGCGGAGUCGCUAACGGCGUCUACGCCGCCCAGAUGCUCGGCGCUCCCCAGUGGGCGAACGACUUUUACUUCAAGGAGGGCCACAAGUCCAACAAGAACUGGCAGAACUGGUUCGGCCUGGCCAUCGCGGGCCAGGCCACCGCCCAGAUCCUCGCGUCGAACGAGUCCGCCCCCAACAAGGCCGUCCUCGGCGCCACCGUCAUCAACAACGUCGCCGCGACGCUCUUGAUGCUCAAGCAGAAGGACGAUUUCAAGCCUGAACAGCUCGCGAUCAACGGCGCCUUUGUCGCGGGUCUCGGCGCGCUCGCCUUCAAGGCUUACAACGACUCCAAGUGA